AGAGAAAGAGAGAGGGAGGUAGGGAGAGAGGCCGGGAGAGGGAGAGGGGGAGACAAAGCCGCCAUAUUGAUUUCCUGAGACGUGUGUACGACUGUCUGGAAUGAACACUGAAAAUGAGCGAUGAGGAACGGGAUAUCGACAUUGAGAGCGACGAUGACGAAUCGCUGGGCACAGCACGGGGAGACUUCCAGUUCGCGUCACAGGCAGAGAAGCGAGCCCACCACAACGCGCUGGAGAGGAAGCGACGGGACCACAUUAAAGACUCUUUCUGCUCCUUGCGGGAUUCAGUUCCAUCCUUGCAGGGGGAGAAAGUGAGUGCAAGCCGGGCACAGAUCCUGAAAAAAGCAGCUGAUUAUAUCGAGUUUAUGCGUCGUAAGAACUCCGCACAUCAGCAAGAUAUUGACGACCUUAAGAAGCAGAACAACCUCCUCGAAAACCAAAUCCGCUCGCUCGAGAAGACCAAAUACACAGGGAACUUUGCAGCCAUGACCUCCAACAGUGCCCUCCUGACUUCCAAAGCCGGGUCACUGGGGGAGUUCGAUGGGUCAGGCUCCGAGACCUCAGAUUCAGAGGCUUCCAACAGUGUGUGUCGCAAGAAACUCAAGACUUAACCUACCCUGGGUCUUGUGUGUGGUGUCACCUUGCCUGGCCGACCUCACCUCCUGCGACCUUACUUCACCUGACCUUUCUUCUCUUGCCCUCAUCUCCGUCACGCGUUUUUGUGUUUCUUUUAUCGGUUUUCUUUCUCUCUUUUUGUUUUCUUUAAUGUAUCUUGUCUCGACUUCAUUUAAUUUAACUUAACAUAACCUAAACUUUUUUUAUAGCUAAUUUAAACUGUCACCUUUUAUUCAGCAUAACCUUUCAGCUUUACCUAACCUAACCUAACCUAACCUAACCAAACAUGACUAAAUCAAACUUUACCUGACUUAACUCUCUCUCUCUCUCUCUCUCUCUCUCUCUCUCUCUCUCUCUCUCUCUCUCUCUCUCUCUCUCUCUCUCUCUCUCUCUCUCUCUCUCUCUCUCUCUCUCUCUCUCUCUCUCUCUCUCUCUCUCUCUCUCUCUCUCUCUCUCUCUCUCUCUCUUACUGUGCAAGGUUUUGAAGGGAAAAACCAAGAGGACUUUUUCAAUACGUGGGAGAACCUUCAGACAAGAGGAUGCUUCAGUUCUCGGGUGACUACAAAAUGGGGGGAUCUCUGUAGCUCCCCAGUGUCUCCUGUGUGGGUGUCGGUGCAGGCAGGAGUAUUUUUUCAUUGUGCGUUUGGGUUUUAUGUACAAAUCACCUCUGCUGUUUGUUAUAAAUACUGAGGGUUGAAGGAAUGCUGCUAUUGGCUUCCUUCAGGGUAAUUAGCCCAAGUUGUUUGAUUUUUUUUUUUUCUUUUUAAUUCUUUCUUCUUUUCUUUUGACUUUUGUUUCUUUCUUUCGUUCUUUGUUUAUUUUAUUAUUUUAUUUUUAGUGCAGUUUUUACUAUUUUCCGUUUUAUAGUCUUGUGUUUAUCUCUCUCUCUCUCUCUCUCUCUCUCUCUCUCUCUCUCUCUCUCUCUCUCUCUCUCUCUCUCUCUCUCUCUCUCUCUCUCUCUCUCUCUCUCUCUCUCAUUCACUAUAUGUUAUUUUUUUUCUAUUUUUAUCUUUACUUUUUUUUCCAUUGUUAUAGUCAUUAUUACUUUUUAUAUACUGUGUCCCUCUCUUCCCCCUUCCUUCCAUUCCCAAUGAUAGACAGUUGUAAAUUAAUUUUUUUGAAACACAAUUUAAAAUGCUGUAAAGCUUUCCAUGGUUUGCAUUGGUCCACGUUGAACCAAUCAGAGCACGAAGGGAAGCCAAUCACCAUUCACCAUUCAUGUUUGCCUUUAUCUCAUUGGCCCUUUUCUUCUUAAUUAUUGUAUUUGAAUUUACAUUGAAAAUUUAGUAUACUUAAAAAUAAAACCUGUCAUAACUUUAAGGUUUUUUAUAUAUUUUGGUACUUUGAAAAAUCAUCGUACUCAAAAAAAAAAUUAUUGUACAUACCUAAUUUAUUUUUUUAUUUUUUUAUUUUACUUUUGAAAACUUGAAGGAUAUAUAUUUGAAAUGAAGAUGUGAAAUGAACAAUAAUUAAUGAAAAAUAUGAAGUUAAUAAUUAAAUGAAAACAUGUGGUCAAUGGUGAUGGUGGAUGAGUUAUGUAAACAACAAUAAACAAAAAUAGGAGCAGGAAGCAGUCGUGUGUGAAUAUUAAUGAAGCAACAAACCUUUGCCCAUUUUCUUUAUUCCUCAACAUUUUCGUAUUUUUAUUAUUAUUAUUAUUCUUUUUUCCUCAUUAAUUUCACACACUUCCAGAUAGAUCUAUAUAUUUCUGUACAGUAUUAAUGAACGCAAAUAAAUGAUAUUGAUGUUU